AUGGCGAAAGAAGUAACACAAACGGUAACCAAACCGAUGUCUGUGAAAAAAAUAACCAAUGCAGAAGAAAUCAGUACGACAGCAAUAGCUACUGAACUGAAGACGGAGUCUCAACUUAUAUCGAUCACCGGCAAUAACCAUGAUAGCAAUGGAAAAGCCAGCAAAAAAACCUACGAACUGAUGAUCAUCGACGCCAUCACUGAGAACGAUCCACGCCGGAAGGGGAUAUCGUUUGCGCUGAUUAAAAAGUUUAUCAAAGGCAAGUACCAGAUCGAAGGGGAAAUAUCAUCCUACAUAAAGAAGGCCUUUGAAAAGCUUAGUAACAAGGGUAGUGUCGAACGGGUGUCUGGAAGCAGCGGCAUAAGUGGAAGUAUCCGACUUACCAAAGACCACGUAGAAAGUGUUAAGAAGCAGCAGAAGCUCGCUGCAAAACCGAAACCGAAACCUAAAAAUCCCAAACAAACCAAAAAACAGUUGAAAACCAAACCUAAGAAGGAGGAUAAGGAUACAAACAAUAACAAUAAGAAAAAGGGCCACGCUUCUAAGGUAAAGCCCACGCCACAUGCUAAACUGAACACAAAGAAAACCGCCAUUACAAAAACGAAGCUAGCACGAUCCGGUGGUAAGGUGCGGCUAUCUAUCGCUACCGUAGCGGAUCCCAUGCCAAGUACGAACGUGAAGACGACCAAGACAAAGAUGAAAGCUCCAAAAACGAGCACCGCUGAAAAACCAGCAAAAACCAACGGUCAGAAGAAACCGAAGCCUACAAAAGUGCGUAAUGAUUAG